GGAGCAGGGUUGGAACUGAAGUCUGCAGGAUGGUAGCUCUCCAGGAGCAGGGUUGAAGAUCCCUGAUAUAGAACAACCAUAGGCUCAGCCCCCGCACUUUUUGAACCGAAUUAGUCCCUCCGAUUCGUAAAUGAAUCAAUCAGACGGGUUCUGUGAACAGGUUAUCGACUCAUUGAAAGCAUUCGACUCGGAUCCGCUGUUCAUUCAUCAUCACGCGCUUCGUACGUCAAAAUGUCGAAAGAGGCGCGCAGAAAUUGUGGAUGAUUUCGUGAGUAUGUGACGAGGCAUUAGAGUGAACUGGGUUAGGGGUGCAAGAAAUGGCGUCAAAACGUCCGUUUUGCGAUGCAGACUUUUUGUGUGCUGUUUGUCACGAUGUUUUCGAUCGCCCUGUGGUGCUUCUGUGCGGCCACAGUUUCUGCAAAGACUGCAUUGAGCGGUACUGGAGUGUCAAUGACUCAAGACAGUGUCCAAUGUGCAGACAAACAUCUGCUAACACUCCUUCCCUUAACUUGGCUCUUGGAAACUUAUGUCAAGCAUUCCUGCAUCACAAACGGCAUUUAGAGGAGCUGUGUGAAGUUCACCAGGAGAAACGGACUCUGGUGUGUUGUGAUGAUGAGCAGUUACUGUGUGAGAUUUGUGAACAAUCUGAGGAGCACAGAAAUCACACAAGCCGUCCAGUUCAAGAGGUCGUGGAGGAACAUAAGGGAGUUCUGCGGUCAGAACUUGAUCUCCUGAAGGAGAACAUAGAGCUCAUGCAGCAAUCUGACUUUGAGUGUGAUUUAUUGGCUCUUAAGAUGAAUAACUUCAAGGACACUUUGGCGAGAGUCCAGUGCAAACCUGAGGAUCCAGAGAUGACUCCAGGAGAUCUCAUUGACAUUCCAAAGUAUGUGGGCAACUUUAAUCACAAAGUUUGGCAGAAAAUCAGACGAUCUAUCAUUUACACUCCUGUGGUUCUGGACCCUAACACAGCCAACUUUCACCUAACAUUAUCUGUUGAUCCGACAAGUGUGCGGAAUCUCAAUAAAUCUGAGGUGAUUAAUGAGCAGAGUAACAAUAACAUUGAGAGAUUUGCUGAUUGUCCCUGUGUUCUGGGCUAUGUGGGAUAUUCCACUGGGAAGCACACUUGGGACGUUGACGUGGAGGAGAACACGUCCUGGAUGGUGGGUGUCGCCGUAGAGUCUGUCCAAAGAAGAGGAACCAGCGGCUUGCCCAGUGGAGUCUGGUGUAUCGGGCUUGACGGGGAGGUACUUAGUGUCACGGAUCCUCUGGAGUCACGUGUCCCGCUGCACGGAUUUGUGAAACCCACAGUAGUGAGGGUAAACCUGGACUUGAGUGCAGGACGGCUGUCGUUCUCAGAUCUUCUGGGACAGACGGUCUAUCACACCUUCACACACAAUUUCACUGAGAAGGUCUUUCCAUUCUUUUAUACUAAGUGCCAUUUUCCUCUCACUAUUCUGCCUAAAUCGUUCAAUAAAGAAAUCUAAAGUGCCUUUG